UUCUUCCGCCGAGUGGAACCUGCCUCUCGCCUCGACAGUCCCGCGCCCUUGAGCCAUCCCCGCAGGCAGUUACAGCUCGGGGCCUGGCCAUUCCAUCCGAUGUGUGCGCCACAGCCACUUUCCUCCGGGCCCCCAAGUUGAGCAGCCAUUUCGUGGGACUCUUUCGCGUGCCGUGAGGCCACAAACGGAAAGAAUGGCCCUGCGGCGGAGGGAUCUCUCGCUUACUCUGUGUACUUUACCCUAAUGGGGGUCGCCCGGGAGUCGGCCGGGGGAGGGGAGAGGGAGGAGGCAAGCCCAGGAAUUGUUUUUUUCUGUCGCCCCGCCCUCGCCGGGCCGGCCAAUGGAGCCGAGCCGUCUUCCUUGGAGCCCCGCCCCGCUCUCUGGCCUUCGCCAAUGAGCGGCGGCAGCGGCUCCGCGGGGGCGGGCCCGGGAGGCUGUGCGUGUCUUGUGAGAGCUCUUGAACCAAGUCAGAAGCGAGAGUCGGCUGGGGCGGCUGGAGACGACGGCCGCCGCCGGUGACUCAGGGAGGCGGGAGGCGGGGGAAGAGCGCCGCGGCCUCGGCUGCGCCGAGAGAAGGAAGGAAGAAAGGGAGGCGCCCUUCCUGCAAGGCGUUGGAAACCAUGGUGCUCACGCUCGGAGAAAGUUGGCCGGUAUUGGUGGGCAAGCGAUUCCUCAGUCUGGCGGCGGCCGACGGCGGCGGCGACGGCGCCCACGACAGCUGGGACGUGGAGCGCGUCGCCGAGUGGCCCUGGCUCUCCGGGACCAUUCGCGCUGUCUCGCACAGCGAUAUUACCAAGAAGGAUCUGAAGGUGUGUGUGGAGUUUGAUGGAGAACCUUGGAGGAAGAGAAGAUGGAUUGAAGUCUACAGCCUUCUAAGGAGAGCGUUUUUAGUGGAACAUAACUUGGUUUUAGCUGAACGAAAGUCACCUGAGAUUUCUGAGCGAAUUAUUCAGUGGCCUGCAAUAGUGUACAAACCUCUCUUGGACAAAGCUGGCUUGGGAUCCAUAACUUCUGUUCGCUUUCUAGGAGAUCAACAAAGAGUGUUUCUUUCCAAAGAACUUUUGAAGCCAAUCCAGGAUGUAAAUAGUCUUCGACUUUCUCUUACGGAUAAUCAGAAUGUCAGUAAAGAAUUUCAAGCUUUGAUUGUGAAACAUUUAGAUGAGAGCCAUCUUUUGCAAGGUGACAAAAACUUGGUUGGUUCAGAAGUAAAAAUUUACAGCUUGGACCCAUCUACGCAGUGGUUUUCAGCAACUGUAGUCAAUGGAAACCCAGCAUCAAAAACUCUUCAUGUGAACUGUGAGCAGGUUCCAGCACUGAAAAUUGUUGAUCCAGCACUGAUUCAUGUUGAAAUUGUGCAUGAUAACUUUGUGUCAUGUGGUAAUUCUACAAGAAUUGGAGCUGUAAAGCGCAAAUCUUCCGAGAGUAAUGGGGGCCUGCUUCCCAAACAAGCCAAGUCUGGCCCUGAGGCUUCUCCCAGUAUGUGUCCUGUCCAGUCUGUCCCUACCACAGUUUUUAAGGAAAUACUGCUCGGCUGUACUGCAGCAACUCCACCUAGUAAGGACCCAAGACAGCACAGUACUCCCCAAGCUGCCAACUCGCCACCAAACCUUGGAGUAAAAAUUCCUCAAGGAUGUCAUAAGCAGAGUUUACCAGAAGAACUUUCUUCCUGUCUAAUUACAAAGCCUGAAGUACUGAGAACAAAACCAGAUGUUGUCUGUAAAGCAGCAUUGCUUUCUUCACAGUCCUCCCAGAUUGGAACUGGAGAUUUGAAAGGUCUGAGUGAGCCAAGUGGCAGCUGCAGCCAACCUAAGACAGACGCUGAUCAGGAAAACAGAUUGGAAUUUGUUCCACCAGCGCUGACUGACCUUCCCAGGGAGUGUUUAACCACAAAGGCGUCUUCAAAGGCAGAACUGGAAAUGGCCCAUACUCCAGAACUGCAGAAGCACCCAGAACGUGCCCCUUCCACAUCUAAUGUCCUGGCCAGUAAGCUAGAAGUGAAAGCUGUUGUCAAUAGUGAUAGCCCUAAGAGCUGUGCAGAAAAACAAGCAGAACCUUCAGCUUGCCGGUCACAGAACUCAAAGGAAUCUUCAACAAAAGUCGACAACAGCUGUUGUACAAGAAGCAACAAUAAAUUCCAGAAUGUCCCGUCCCGGAAGUCAGUUUUGACAGACCCGGCUAAACUCCGGAAGCUGCAGCAGAGUGGGGAGGCCUUCGUCCAGGAUGAUUCCUGCGUUAACAUCAUCGCACAGCUGCCCAAGUGCCGUGAGUGUCGCCUGGACAGUCUCCGCAAGGACAAGGAACCACCCAAAGACUCCCCUGUGUUUUGUCGCUUCUUCCACUUCAGGAGGUUACAAUUCAACAAACAUGGUGUGUUGAGAGUGGAAGGCUUCUUAACACCAAACAAGUAUGACACGGAAGCAAUUGGCUUGUGGUUACCUUUGACCAAAAAUGUUGUGGGGACUGAUUUGGACACAGCCAAGUACAUCCUGGCCAACAUUGGAGACCACUUCUGUCAAAUGGUGAUUUCUGAAAAGGAAGCUAUGUCAACCAUUGAGCCACACAGACAGGUUGCCUGGAAACGAGCUGUCAAAGGUGUGCGAGAGAUGUGUGAUGUGUGUGAUACCACCAUCUUCAAUCUGCACUGGGUGUGUCCUCGGUGUGGGUUCGGAGUGUGUGUGGAUUGCUACCGGAUGAAAAAGAAGAACUGCCAACAGAGUGCUGCUUAUAAGACCUUCUCCUGGUUAAGAUGUGUGAAGAGUCAGAUACAUGAACCGGAGAACUUAAUGCCCACCCAGAUCAUUCCUGGAAAAGCCCUCUAUGAUGUUGGAGACAUUGUUCAUUCUGUAAGAGCAAAAUGGGGAAUAAAGGCAAAUUGUCCCUGUUCAAACAGGCAAUUCAAACUCUUUUCAAAGCCAGCCUCAAAGGAAGACAUAAAACAGCCGCCCCCAGCUGGAGAAAAGCCGGCCGUGGGCGCCACGCUCCAGCAGAGCUCCCCGGUGCAGGAGCCAGCCGCCUUGGGGGCAGAAGCCGCCUCCAAGCCAGCAGGCAGUGGCAAGGCCACCUGUCCAGCCAGCCCAUCUCCUUUAAACUGGUUGGCAGACCUGACCAGUGGCAACGUCAACAAGGAGAACAAGGAAAAACAACCAACAAUGCCAAUUUUAAAGAAUGAAAUCAAAUGCCUUCCACCUCUCCCUCCCUUGAACAAAUCCAGUACAGUCCUCCAUACCUUUAACAGCACAAUUUUGACACCCGUAAGCAACAACAAUUCUGGCUUCCUCCGGAACCUCUUGAAUUCCUCUGCAGGAAAGACAGAAAAUGGACUCAAGAACACACCAAAAAUCCUUGAUGACAUCUUUGCCUCUUUGGUGCAAAACAAGACUUCUAGUGAUGUGGCAAAGAGGCCUCAAGGACUGACGAUCAAGCCCAGCAUUCUGGGCUUUGACACCCCCCACUACUGGCUCUGUGAUAACCGCUUGCUGUGCUUGCAAGAUCCCAACAACAAGAGCAACUGGAAUGUGUUUCGGGAGUGCUGGAAACAAGGACAGCCAGUGAUGGUGUCAGGAGUGCAUCACAAGUUGAACACUGAACUCUGGAAACCCGAAUCCUUCAGGAAAGAGUUUGGUGAGCAGGAAGUCGACCUAGUGAAUUGUAGGACCAAUGAAAUCAUCACAGGAGCCACAGUAGGAGACUUCUGGGAUGGAUUUGAAGACGUUCCAAAUCGGUUGAAAAAUGAAAAAGAACCAAUGGUGUUGAAACUUAAGGACUGGCCACCCGGAGAAGACUUCAGAGAUAUGAUGCCUUCUAGGUUUGAUGAUCUGAUGGCCAACAUUCCAUUGCCAGAGUAUACACGGCGAGAUGGCAAGCUGAAUUUAGCCUCCAGGUUGCCAAACUACUUUGUCAGGCCAGAUCUGGGUCCCAAAAUGUAUAAUGCUUACGGAUUGAUCACUCCAGAAGAUCGGAAAUACGGAACAACAAAUCUGCACUUAGAUGUGUCUGAUGCAGCCAAUGUCAUGGUGUAUGUGGGCAUUCCCAAAGGACAGUGCGAGCAAGAGGAAGAAGUCCUUAAGACCAUCCAAGAUGGAGAUUCCGAUGAGCUCACAAUAAAGCGAUUUAUUGAAGGAAAAGAGAAGCCAGGGGCCCUGUGGCACAUCUAUGCUGCCAAGGACACGGAGAAGAUCAGAGAAUUCCUCAAGAAGGUAUCAGAGGAGCAAGGUCAGGAAAACCCUGCAGACCAUGACCCUAUUCACGACCAGAGCUGGUACUUGGACCGAUCCCUGCGAAAACGUCUUCAGCAGGAGUAUGGAGUUCAAGGCUGGGCCAUAGUACAGUUUCUCGGGGACGUCGUGUUCAUCCCGGCAGGAGCACCACAUCAGGUCCAUAAUUUAUACAGCUGUAUCAAGGUCGCGGAAGAUUUUGUGUCUCCGGAGCAUGUGAAACACUGCUUCUGGCUCACUCAGGAAUUCCGUUACCUGUCUCAGACUCACACUAACCAUGAAGACAAGUUGCAGGUGAAGAAUGUUAUCUACCACGCAGUGAAGGACGCAGUUGCUAUGCUGAGAGCAAGCGAGUGCAAUUUCAGCAAGCCUUGACCCCGCACACUGCAAGGACGUUCCCGGCAGCUGUUCACUCUUCAGGCAGGCUUCCUGUGGACUCAGACUCAUGUUACCUCAUCACCUUUUUUAAACUGUACCCAACCUCAGUCUAAUGUAUAUUUCUAGUGUUUACAGACACUAAGUGUGUAUAUGGAGGAACUAUUUACAGAAUAUGCAUCCAAAAACUGUGACUUUUCUCACCUAGUGCAGAACUUUGACCAAGCUGUAAAACAGAACCUCUUAGCGGCGCUGCGCAGGCCCUGCUCCGCCAGCGUGGCCUCAGCUGUCAGAGCCCUGUGCGGUCACACGGCUGCCCUCCUCUCCCGUCUCACCACCCUCUCCUGCACCCCUGGGCGUCCUGAAGAGCCAUGGAGAAAGUGAUUGCUAAUGAUGCAGUUCUUACUGUGUUGCAUAGGACUGGCAUUAUAUAGCAGAAACCAACUACUGUACAAUUAAUUUUUGGGGUUAACCAUCUUUAGUUAAAUGGAAUUUUAAUUUAAAUGAAGCUUUGCUAAUUUUAAGUGUUAAGCAUUUUGCAUUAAAAUAUUCAUAUAAUA